AUGGAAAGGAUCGCGUGGAAUCGUAAUCGACUUAUGGACAGUAAGAAUUAUGGCAAGCGGUGGUGGAGACUAGGAAGUGGCAUUGGAAUCAUCACAAUUCUGACAUGCGCACCGGAUUCGGUGAUGGGCGAUAUGGAAAACCGAACAUACACUGAUGAUUUCUUAAAGCUCUUGAUCAACUAUGUGAGAAACGCGUAUCCCAACGCUGUAGCUCACUUUCAGUCACUUGAUCCCAUUAUUCAAUCCCUUUUUGCUAAUACUUCAUUGCCCACGAGUGCUUCCGUCCGUCCAGACGGUUUGCAAUUGGAAUUUAAUACUCUUUCUGAACAGGUCCAGUGGUUUAAUACCGAGAAAGCAAUGGAAGCCGCAACGGAAAGGCUCCUGCGCGUCUUCAAAUAA